ACCAAGACAAGACAAUAAUCCGCACAGAUGGAACUUUAAAGGCAGUUUUUUCGCCAUCGGUUCUAACUUCUAAUCAGCUCCCCCCUAAAAGGUGGGGUACCCCGCACUCCAAGAACCGACACCCGCCCGCGUAUCUAUCAUUGAUACAUUGAUAAAAGGGACCUUGGAAUCUCGAUCUACCUAUCCGCUGAUCUGAUAAAGUCGGCAUUAUUUCACCAACCUCUGGUUCUUCUUCAGCUGUUUUUUGGUCCACUUAUCACUUCUUCAACCCCAGACUCAACUCAAACAAAAGAAACAAAGAAAAGAGAGAUGACUCCCAAACUUCCCUUCCAGCUCAAGAACCCGGGCUUGUUCAAGGAUAAGUCGUAUGUGGAUGGAGAGUGGGUGGAAGCUAGAUCUGGGAAGAGGUUUGAUGUUAUUGAUCCCGGCAGUGGUCAAGUCUGGGCCAGCGCACCCGACAACGACGCCUCCGACGUGGACCACGCCGUGCUCAGCGCCCACUCCGCCUUCCAGCACUACAAAAAAGUGACACCACGCACGCGGGCACAAUGGCUUCUAAAAUGGGACGCGCUGAUCCGCGAGAACAAGGAGGAUCUGGCGCACAUCGUGACGUACGAGACGGGUAAGCCGCUGGCUGAGGCGCGCGCCGAGCUCGAUUACGCGCUGGGCUUUACGUGGUGGUUUGCUGGAGAGGCGGAGCGCAUCGUGGGCACGGUGCAGCAGCCAUCGGCGGCUGGGAGGAGGGUGUUUACGGUUAAGCAGCCCAUCGGUGUAGCGGCCGCGCUGGUCCCGUGGAAUUUCCCCGUUGCGAUGGUGUUAAGGAAAGCAGGCGCGGCGCUGGCGGCGGGCUGUUGUAUGAUUGUCAAGCCGUCGCCGGAAACGCCUCUCUCGGUGCUGGCGGUAGCUGAGCUGGCGACGCAGGCGGGCAUCCCGAAAGGUGUGUUCAGUGUGUUGACGACGAGUUUGGAGAAUACGCCGCCGUUGAGCGAGGCUCUCUGUCGCCAUCCGCUCAUUAAGAAGGUUACAUUUACGGGAUCGACCCGGGUUGGGAAAUUGGUUGCCAAGUUAUGCUCGGAUGGGCUUAAGAAAGUGACUCUUGAGCUGGGAGGGAAUUGCCCUUUUCUGAUCUUUGAUGAUGCGGAUUUGAACCAGGCUGCUGAUGCGCUCAUGGCACUCAAAUGGCGGCACGCAGGCCAAGCAUGCAUCACCGCCAACCGGGUCUACGUCCAAAGCAGCAUCUACGACCAAUUCGCCUUACUUCUAAAAGAGAAGACCUCCAAACUCGUCGUCGGCCACGGCGCCGACCAGAACACGACCAUGGGUCCCGUCACGACUCCUCAGGGUAUCACCAAGGCGCUCAACCAAGUCGAGGACGCUCGCAAGCACGGAGGCCAGAUCGUGCUCGGCGGCGGCAAGGUCCCUGGGAAGACCGGCUAUUUCUUCGAGCCGACCAUUAUUGUAGGCGCGAAGAAGGAGAUGCUUAUCACUCAGGAGGAAACUUUCGCCCCGGUGCUCGCGCUGUAUUCUUUUGACACUGAGGAGGAGGCUGUUGAAGCUGCUAAUAACACGAGCAUGGGUCUAGCAUCCUACUACUUCACAAAAAACAUCGAUCGCUCCUGGCGUCUGCUCGAAAACCUCGAAGCCGGCAUGAUCGGUAUGAACACAGGUAAUUCAUCCGCUGCCGAGUCGCCAUUCGGCGGCAUCAAGGAGUCUGGCUAUGGCAAGGAGUCCGGGAAGGAUGUGGCGGUUGCGGAAUAUUUGAUCACGAAGACUGGUACGUUGGCUUUGGAGGGUCAUUAUUGA